AAAAAGGAAAAAAAAAAAAAAAAGCCCUCGAAACUUUCCAACCCUAGCUACUUUUCAGAAAAGCGGCCGAUAAAUUUCUACAAAGGCUUGAAAAAAAAUCAGUAACCGUAAUGGAAGUGGAAAAUAUGAUGAAGGGAGGAGGAGAAGAAGAAGAAGACGAGACUAUCCCACUUCCUGGUUUUCGUUUUCACCCUACAGACGAAGAGCUUGUAGGGUUUUAUCUUCGGAGAAAAGUCGAAAAGAAGCCUAUAGGAAUUGAGCUCAUCAAGCAGGUUGAUAUCUACAAAUAUGAUCCAUGGGAUCUUCCAAAAUCGACAAAUUUAGGUGAGAAAGACAAAGAGUGGUACUUCUUCUGCAAAAGAGGUAGAAAAUACAAAAACAGCGUGAGGCCCAAUAGAGUAACGGGCUCGGGAUUCUGGAAGGCAACCGGUAUUGAUAGGCCCAUAUAUUCAGGCCCAGACUGCAUAGGCCUCAAAAAGUCCCUCGUCUAUUACCGUGGUAGCGCCGGAAAAGGCACCAAAACCGAGUGGAUGAUGCACGAGUUUCGACUGCCGGCGGAUGCCACACCCACUUCUGCUCAAGAAGCUGAAGUUUGGACGUUGUGCCGAAUACUAAAGCGCAAUGCACCACACAGAAAGUACGUAUCGGAGUUGAGACUUGGUGUGAAGAAAAUUAAUAGCAUAAAUAAGAAUCAGUUAUUAGUGGACGCAAGUUCAUCAGAAACAUGCAGCAUCGACUCCACUGACCAAAACGGUAAUAAAAGCAGCUAUAUCAGCUUCAGCUCGCCAAUGACAGCUGUCAAACAAAAUGUGGAUCAACAGAAAAGCUUUUUUCCGGGCCAUAAUACUGCGAAUUUGUUUUCGGGCCAAUAUUCGAGCACGGUAUCUGAAGCUCCAAUAAUGGCGGCUUCAUCUUUUUCGAGCUAUAACAUGUCAAGUGGCAUUAACGAGUUGCUAAGCCAUGCAGAUUGGGAGGAUCUUCAAUCCGUGGUCAAUUGUUCUAAUGCUACAAUGUAUAUGUGAAAGAAAAAAAUGAUCGUGUUUUCUUUUUUUUUUAAGAACGAGAAAAUAAUAUUUGGUAUAAUAAUUGUAGUAGUGGUGUGUAGAUUAUGGACUGACACGUGGAAGUAAGUGCAUUUGUAUGCAGAUUGUUUUGACUUUUGACUUAUUCCAUAACAAUGAAGCCUCGCAACUACUAACUACUAGAAAAGGUUGAUAUGAUCUCGGACCACGUCUAAUCAUGUAAUAUAUUAAUUUAGUCUAUUAUAAAUAUUUCGUUAUGAUAUGAAAAA